UGUUCGACGCAUGCGCAGUGGCCGGUACAGUUACCCGGCGGUCGGUCUCUCUUUUUCUCUGUCUCUCGCUCUUCCUCGCCUUCACUCUGACUCUUUCCUGACUGUGUCCCGCGGCAGAGGCCUCGUUUCUCUUCCGCUUCUUUUCCUGCUUCUUCUUCUUCCCUUCCGCAGCGCAUUAACCGCCUCGUGGCCGAGUCCCUCCUUCCCGAGAGGAGCCGGGUAGCGGCAACGACGAAGGGGCAAUGGCGGACACGGCGCAGAAUGGGCCCAUGCAGGGAGGCGCGGGCGGAGGCUCUGUGCAAUUUCUGAUGACUAAUAAGUUGGACACAGCAAUGUGGCUUUCUCGAAUAUUCACAGUUUACUGUUCAGCAUUAUUUGUCUUGCCUCUUCUAGGGUUGCAUGAAGCAGCUAGUUUUUAUCAACGUGCCUUGCUGGCAAACGCUCUUACCAGCGCCCUCCGACUUCACCAAAGGCUACCACACUUUCAGUUGAGCAGAGCAUUCUUGGCUCAGGCCUUGUUGGAGGACAGCUGCCAUUAUCUUUUGUAUUCCCUCAUCUUCGUUAAUUCCUAUCCUGUUACAAUGAGUAUUUUCCCUGUUUUGUUGUUUUCUUUGCUUCAUGCUGCUACCUACACAAAGAAGGUUCUUGAUGCUCGAGGUGCAAACAGUCUUGUAUUUCUAAGAAAUCUUUUGGACAAGUUAAAUGCUAAUCAGCAAAACAUCUUAAAAUUUAUAGCCUGCAACGAAAUCUUCUUGAUGCCAGCUACUGUAUUUAUGCUUUUCAGUGGGCAGGGAAGCUUGCUGCAGCCUUUCAUUUAUUACAGAUUUCUUACACUCCGUUAUUCCUCCCGCAGAAACCCUUAUUGCCGGACUCUAUUUACAGAACUGCGGAUUGUUGUUGAACAUGUCAUAAUGAAACCUUCCUGCCCUGUAUUUGUACGAAGACUCUGUGUCAGCAGCAUUUCCUUUAUAAGCAGAUUGGCACCAACAGUUGCAUAGCCAGCACUGGAAAUGUACUUCCGUGUGUCUAAUGAACAUUUUGGGCAGCUGGUCUUUCUGCUGGUGAUUUAUACAUUCAGGAUCUCAGUCAAGGUUGUAUGAAAAAUGUUGUUUUCUUCCAAGAACCUGUUCUGUGAGUUGUAUCCUAUGUGUCUUAAAAAAAAAACCCUCCAAGAAA